AUGUCGACGUCGCAAGUUAGAAUCCAGCUCACUACCAGGAGUCCGGAUAUUGAAUUGCCCGAGGAGAGCAGUGGCCCCAUUCUCGUCUCUACUGAGCUCCGUAGAUACCAGCUCUCGACUCUCGUGAACAAUCUGCUCGCAACCGAACAACCCGUCCCCUUUGAGUUCUUGAUCAACGGCCAAUUCCUGCGAACCUCGAUCGAUGAAUUCCUGACUGCUAACGGCAUCUCCGCCGAAACCACCUUGAAUGUCGAAUAUGUACGCGCUCUUGUACCGCCGUCGCACGUCGCCUCCUUCGAACAUGACGACUGGGUCAGCAGUGUCGAUCUUCUCUCAGCCACAUCAGCAGCUGGUAGAUGGGCAGGCAAGAACUUUGGUGCUUCUGGAGUAGGAAACGAGCGUUUGGUAUCGGCGAGUUACGAUGGACUUUUAAGACUUUGGAACCAGAGCAAAGAGGUUUUGGCAACAAGUGGAGAUGGUGGACACAGCGGACCAGUCAAGAGCGUGAAGUUCUUGGAUCACUCGCGUUUGGUCUCGUCAAGCGUGGAUCGCAGCGUCAGAAUCUGGAACUACAACGACAGAGAGAUCACGCCCAAGGUCGAGCUGCUAGGACACACCGCAUCCGUGGACAGAUUGGCCGUACACACCCCCUCCCAGCGCAUCUUGACCGCUUCGCAAGAUCACACCGUCGGUAUCUUCAGCAGCGACAUCAAGAGCAACCCUUCAGCACCCGCACAUCUCCUCCCCAACCCCUCAUCCAAGCGAAGGAAACCAUCCGUCACCGUGCCUCAACGUGGCGCACUUUCUCUCCUGGCCGGCCACAAUGCACCCGUCUCAGACGUCACUUUCAAGCCCGACGAUGCCACAGUAGCCUACUCCACCUCCUGGGACCACACACUCAAGACCUGGGAUCUCGCAACCCACAGCUGCGUCGACACACGCGCAACCUCGCACCCUCUGGUCUCAGUCGCCGCUCUACCGCAAUUGAAUCUGGUCGCUGCAGGAACUACCGCCCGUCACAUCUCCCUCAUCGACCCUCGCGCUUCCGCAACUGCAAUCGUCGCCAUGACACUCCGCGGUCACAACAACGCCGUAGUCUCACUCGCACCUUCUCCAGACAACGGCUUCGUCUUCGCAUCCGGUGGCCACGACGGCAGCGUCCGCGUCUGGGACGUCCGUAACGCAAAAGCUGGAAACGCAGGCGGUGUAGCCGAGGGCGGUAUGACUGGCGAAAGCAUUUUCGUGCUCGAGCGUGAUGGUCAAGGAGAGAAGAAGCCCGUUGGUGGUGAAGGCAUCAAGGUGUUUGGUGUGCAGUGGGAUGAAGCUUGGGGUAUCGUUAGCUGCGGUGAAGAUAAGAAGGUGCAAGUUAAUCAGCCCAGGUAG